AUGGGUCCUGAUCAUGGAGUUCUCGGGGCCACCUUCAAAGCUACCAGAGCCUUGCAGAUGGCUUCCAUGAUCGCCAUCAUCGGCAUCACAGCCAACUUCAUCUCUGAGAUGGUCAGCGCUGGAGCCACUCCGCCGUCAGUCUUGAUUGCAGUCCUAAGCAUCGUUUGUAUUGCUGUGUUGUAUUGUGCCAUCACCGUCAUUCUUUAUUUCGACAAUAUUCUUCCUUUCUUGAUCAGCACCGGCAUUGACGCUCUUUUCUUGAUUGCUCUGAUUGUUGUAUCGGUCGUGGUUGGAAAGCCCCUCUCCUACCUCGAUUGUCAAGUCCUGGACGAGACUUCGAAUGCCACGUCGAGCGCCUAUGACUUUACAUCGGCCUUGGGUAACAGUCUCAAUCAAGAUGGCAACGUUGACUAUUCACAAUGGAUCGGCACCUCCAAAGCCACUUGCCUCGAAAUGAAGUCGAUCUGGGGAUUGAGCAUUGCUCUCUGCAUUUUAUUCACCUUUUCGGCCGUGAGCACUAUUUGCCUGUGGAAGAGAGCCAAGGCUUCUGUUGACAAAAGUGAGGCAUGA